AUGGUUCCAGAGAGAAUGGUAAUAUGCAGCUGGCGUUGCAGGUCUGUAUUUGAAGCCACGAGGCAAAGAUAUGCAUUCUGUUUUGCACCAAGAAGGACAGUAAAGACAUCAACAGUUGACUGGAAACCCAUCAGGUCCACUCGUACUCCAAAUGAGGAGGAAGCGAGAGGCAAGGGAUAUGGCCGUCAAAUAGCGUUAGGAUUAAUGUUUGCGAUGCCGGCGAUUGCAUUUUAUUUAGGUACCUGGCAGGUUCAGAGACUGGAGUGGAAGAACAAGCUGAUAGCCAGCUGUGAAAGCCGGUUGGCAUACAAGCCAGUGCCGUUGCCCAAGAGCUUCACUGCCGACAUGUGUGAAAACUGGGAAUAUCGGAGGAUCAUCCUGAAGGGCAGGUUCAAGCACGACGAAGAAAUGUUUGUUGGUCCUCGUGUGUUGAAUGGCCAAAAGGGUUAUAUCCUCUUUACACCAUUUGUAAGAAAGGACAAUGGCCAAAAAUUGCUGAUUGAAAGGGGCUGGAUUAGUGAGGAAAAGAUUUCACCGGACUCGAGAAACCUAAGGCACCUGUCGUUGCCUGAUGGAGACAACGUUGAGGUCGUGUGUCUUGUAAGAGUUCCGCGCGAGCGUGGCUCUUUCCAAUGGGAGAAGCAAGACAAAGAAUCCAGGCUGUGGCAAGUCCCUGAUCUCUACGAAAUGACCAAGGUAUCAGGAUGUCCCCCGAUACAUUUGCAAGCUCUUUACGAUUUGAAGGACCACCACUGGGAGCAAACCGACAGCAGCGCCGCGCAAAUGGCUCCCCAACAGAAAUCCAAGUGGAAGUUCUGGUCGAGGGAAGAUAAUAAUGCCGGUAGUACAGAUAAAGAGAUCAAUUCGAGCUUUCAGUUGUCUUCCCCAGCGGCCGCAGAGCUCGGAGAAUGGCAAUUGAUCAAGGCAGGUGUCCCAAUCGGAAAGAAACCGAAAAUUGAUCUAAAGAACAAUCAUUUGCAAUAUUUGAUUACGUGGUAUGGUCUCUCUUUUCUCAGUACCAUUUUCCUCAUGAUCGCGCUAAGAAAGUAUAGAAGGGGAGGAGCCAUUUCUCAAGCUGUUUUAAAGAAAGAAAAGUUGGAGCAUGCACAGAGGAACAUGUAG